AUUUGUGUACAAAAUACACUACUGUCAAAUUGAGUCUCUGUCUUAAUUCAAGUGAAAAAGUGGUUUAAUUAAAGAGUUUUUCCCCGAAUUCGAUUUGAAAAAGUGUGAUUAAUAAGUUUGGUGAUCAUGGUUGGUGAGAUGGAUAGUUCUGAACACUAGCAAAAGGUUAAAGAGGUGAUUUAGUGUGUGACCUUCCUGUAGUGGACUCGCCCAAAACUUGUCAAGCCCUUUGCUACUACAAUCAAGGACAGUACUUAGCCGAUUUAAAACAGAACAAGAAAAAAUACUCGGUUAAAGAAAUUACCAGCAAACUCUUGUCAAAAAAACUUACUUUUUUUGUAAUGUGCCCAAAUCAUUUGUUAAGUAAGAAAGCAGUAAAAUUCACGUUACUCCCAUUAUAUUGUCUUAUCCAUUCAAAGAGAAAAGGUAUAUUCAUACACCCCACGGCAAUGUUCAAAAACUUUUCAGUGCAAUGUGCAGCGUAUUUUUGUUGGCUUAAAUAAACAGAUUAUCCCAAUCUUGCAAAUUUGAGAAACUUUAAUUUUUAAGAUUUGUUUUUUGUGGAUCAACCCAAUCAACAUGAAGUUAUUGGAAAGUACUCGUUUUGAAGCUAUAAACAAUGCUUUAAGCAUUGAAACAGGCGACAGCAAGAUAUUUGGUCGCAUUGAGAGUUAUUCCUGUAAAAUGGCUGGCGGUGACAAAGCCAUGUACAAAAGGUUUAAUUCCGAAGGAGUCCAUCCUAACGAUUUACAAGCUCUAUCACCCCCACAACUUUCCCCUGGAUAUUCUCAAUAUAGCAGGAGCAUCUCUGGAGACGAAGAGGGACCUCUUUGUGACACUAUUAGCAGGAAAACUUUGUUUUACUUAAUCGCUACAUUAAACUCAGCUUUUCCAGAUUAUGAUUUCUUGGAUGCUAAGAGUCACGAAUUCAGCAAAGAACCAUCAUUACAAUGGGUAACGAAUGCAAUAGACACCAAUUUAAGUGCAACCGUUGGGGAACAAUUCCGAGCGAUGAGACAACAAUUAUGGGCCGCCGUAGAAGACGAAAUCGCCCUCAACGAAUGUGAUAUUUAUUCUUACAAUCCCGAUUUGGGGUCGGAUCCUUUUGGAGAAGAUGGCUGUCUUUGGAGCUUUAAUUAUUUCUUCUACAAUCGAAAGCUCAAACGGAUCGUUUUCUUCACGUGCAGAGCCAUUAACCCGAUCUACGCCGUUGAUUCGGGGAUUGGAAGCGAUUUCACUAUGGACGAAGACGAUUUUGAUUAAAAGUCAAAAUGGGAUUUAAUUAAUGAAUUAAAUGAAUAAAUAAUAAAUUAGUAUAAGAAUCACUUAAUAGUUAUGUGUAGGAAAAAUGUUCUCUUUUCAUAUCUUAUUGUUAGUCACUAAUUAGGGAGGUUAUCGUUUGAUUAGGAAGAUUAAUGAAUUAGAACUUUUGGGUGAAUCAAAAGUACAAAAGGUUUGUUCAAUUUAAAGUUAUAUAGAGUUAAUUAUUUACGUUUUAUAAUCAUAUAGUUUAUUUUUUUCCUCCUAAAAUUAAAUGUGUAAUCCCAGGUAUUAUAGUUUUAUUUAUUUAAAAUUAAUCUUUGUUUUUCUUAAUAGGAUUGUAAUUAAUUCAUAUCUUAACCUUUUGUAAUGUGGAGAUUUUAAAUGUAUUAGGUAAAUAUUUCUUAAAUACAUUUCCUGAUAGUUGUAGUA